UGGAGCCGAGCCUCCGGUCGGCCGGCACCCCCUGAGGAUCCCGGAAGCCGCCCCCGCCAUGUAAGAAGACCAGGAGCUGGAGAGGAAAGCAAUAGAAGAACUGCUUAAAGAAGCAAAACGUGGGAAAACAAGAGCAGAAACGAUGGGACCUAUGUGUUGGAUGAAGUGUCCUCUUGCUGGUACAAAUAAAAGAUUUCUAAUUAACACAAUUAAGAACACACUGCCCUCCCAUAAAGAGCAAGACCACGAACAAAAAGAGGGCAGUAAGGAACCUGCGAAAAGCCAGGACCAGAAGGAGGAGAGCCGGCAGAAGCACAGAGCCCACCCUUACAAGCACAGUGACCACGCUCGGGGCACCACCCGUCAUUCUCUGCCCAGGAAGUGGGGCAGCCAGGAGAAGUCCCAGAAGCGGUCCAGCAAGCGGUGA